AUGCCCGCUUCUAACGGUAUGGAAGGCGCCACAUCCACGUGCUUCAGCGAUGCUGAUCCGAACCUGCGCCACCUCCCCAAGAUAGCCGACAAGAUUCAAUACCGUCAAUUGGAAGGCCGUCCGUUCUUUUCCUUCGAGUACUUCCCCCCCAAAACCGAGCAAGGAGUUUCAAACUUGUAUCAAAGAGUUGAACGGAUGACCGCCGCUGAACCGCUCUUCUGUGAUGUCACUUGGGGGGCCGGUGGCUCAACCAGCGAUCUCACCCUGAGCUUGUCUGGAAACAUUCAAAAGUAUCUCGGCGUCGACGUCAUGAUGCAUCUCACUUGCACAAACAUGCCCUCCGGAAACGUUCUUGAGGGCCUGGAGGGCGCCAAGGCCCUUGGAAUUCGAAACAUUCUUGCGCUUCGUGGCGAUCCUCCCGCUGGUAAGGAGUGGACUAAGUGCGAGGACGGCUUCGAGCAUGGCACGGACCUUGUGCGUUUCAUUCGUGCCAAUUAUGGCGAUUACUUUGGCAUUUGUGUCGCUGGCUAUCCGGAGGGUCACCCGGCUGGUUUCCUCGAUGGAAAAAUGAGCUUUGAAGACGAAAUGAAACAUCUCAAAGACAAAGUCGAUGCUGGAGCUGACUUUAUCAUCACGCAGAUGUUCUAUGACGUCGAUUGCUACUUGAAAUUUGUGCGAAGUUGCCGCGAGCAGGGUAUCACGAUCCCUAUUCUCCCCGGAAUUCUCCCGAUACAGAACUACAUGGGCUUCAAACGCAUGACUGGGUUCUGCAAGACGAAAGUUCCACAAGCCAUUUUGGACGCAAUUGAACAGAUAAAAGACAAUGACGUUGCAGUCAAGCAGUUUGGUGUCCGUCUUGGUGUGGACAUGUGCCGACGGAUCUUAAAGUCAGGACUGUCCCCAGGGAUUCACUUCUACACUUUGAAUCUGGAGAAGUCGGCCAUGGCAAUUAUCGAUCAAUUAGAUCUCAUCCCUCAGACUGAGUCCAUUCGCUCCUUGCCUUGGCGCCCGGCAACAGUUGAUAAACGCCGCAAUGAGAAUGUUCGUCCCAUCUUCUGGGCAAACCGUCCAAAGUCUUACUUGGACCGCACGUCAACCUGGGACGAGUAUCCGAACGGGCGAUGGGGGGAUAAUCGGUCUCCUGCCUACGGCGACCUCAGAGAGUACCAUCUAUUGGGAGGCGGUGGAUGGUGCUCUGCGGCACAUAGGAAGGAUGCGGCUGCUCGUUAUGGAGAGCUGAAUGACUUUGAGGACGUUGUCGAUGUAUUCACACGAUUUCAAAAGGGUGAACUCAAACGCCUGCCGUGGUCAGAGACCGAGGAAUUGGCAAGCGAGACCCUAGUGAUUUCGGCUCCGCUUGUCUGGCUAAACAAGAAUGGCUUGCUUACAAUCAAUUCUCAACCGCGAGUCAACGCUGCGCCUUCUAGCGAUGUGACUGUCGGUUGGGGGAGCCCAGGCGGCUAUGUUUAUCAGAAGGCGUACGUGGAGUUCUUCGCGAAACCUCAAAUCGUUGACGCGCUCUUUGAGGCUGCGAAGGACAUCCCAUCGUUAACCAUCUAUGCCGCAAAGGUGAAGAAUGACGAACUGCGCACGAAUGCGAAGACUAAGACUACUUGCGCCGUGACAUGGGGGGUGUUCCCGGACCGGGAAAUUGUCCAACCCACGGUUGUGGACCCGCAGUCAUUCAAGGCUUGGAAGAGCGAGGCCUUCGCAGUGUGGGAAAACGUCUGGGCGGAUCUAUACCCAAAGGAUAGUCCCUCAAGGAAGGUGUUGAAGGAGCUUCACGACACGCUGUAUCUUGUUAAUGUUGUCGACAAUGACUAUGUCGGUGGGGAUAUUUUCGCUGUAUUCAAAACAGUGCUGGCAUCACCCACUCAUGCCAGUCUGUUUGCAUAAAAGUGUUGGCCAAGUGCAACUCAAUUCUACUUGAGAGCCACAAGGACACAUGCCGCAUCAUGCUGUGGGUUACGGUCAUAGAAGCGAAUGUAUACGUCUCACGUGCACAGGAUCGGGGUGCAUUUCGGGCGUGACUCGAGCGGCACCCUAAAAGUAAACUGUGUUUCAUUUACAACGUUUUCAUAAU